CAGAGCCCGCCCGUGACCAUGGAGGCCAGAGUGCUCUGGCUGCUGGCAUUGGUCCUGGCCUUGGGGUCCUCCAGCUUGGCUGACGAGUAUGUGGGCCUGUCGGAGAACCUGUGUGCCGUGCCGGCCAAGAACAGGGUGGACUGUGGCUACCCCGAUAUCAGCCCCGAGCAGUGUGUCAACAGGGGCUGCUGCUUUGACUCCAGCAUCCCCGAGGUGCCUUGGUGCUUCAAGCCUCUGCAGGACACAGAAUGCACAUUUUGAAGCGACGCCCACCGGCCCCGGACACCCUGG